GUUCUCUUACGCGAGGCUAAAUGGUGUGCGAAGGUAACCACGCUGAGAGCUACGCCUCAGCCUGAAGGCUGAGGGUGGUUGCAGUCACGUACUCCGCGAGUGUCUGGCUGCGUGGUUUGCGCCGAGGACCCGCGGUGUGCCUGGGAAGCAGCACGUGCCCAACAGCUACGGGCUAAAUGCCCGUCUGUAGUCACCUUGCGGAAGUCGCGCCACUGGCCAGCUAGCUGGCUGGUGUCGCCGCGGCCGUCACCUGCGGAGAGCGCGACUCCUCUGUACGACCCCUGGGCAGGAGCGGGAAUUGGGGCCAUGUACCCCGCGCUGCGCGACCUGCCGCAACCUGGAGAUAUGAAGGAGACUCUUCAGGAUGAGAUUGAAGCCAUUCUGCAGAAGAGGAUUAUGGUGCUGGAUGGAGGGAUGGGAACCAUGAUCCAGCAGUACAAACUGAGUGAAGAAAGCUUUCAAGGUCAAGAAUUUAAAGAUCAUACCAGGCCACUGAAAGGAAACAAUGACAUUUUAAGUAUAACUCAACCUGAUAUCAUUUACCAAAUUCAUAAGGACUACUUGCUGGCUGGGGCAGAUAUAAUUGAAACAAAUACUUUUAGUAGUACCAGUAUUGCCCAAACUGACUAUGGCCUUGAACACUUGGCCUACCGAAUGAACAAGUGCUCUGCAGAUGUGGCCAGAAAAGCUGCUGAGGAGAUAACACUUCAGACAGGAAUCAAGAGGUUUGUGGCAGGAGCUCUGGGUCCAACUAAUAAGACACUCUCUGUGUCCCCAUCUGUGGAAAGACCAGAUUAUAGAAAUAUCACAUUUGAUGAGCUUGUUGAAGCAUACCAAGAGCAGGCCAAAGGACUUUUGGAUGGAGGAGUUGAUAUCUUACUUAUUGAAACUAUUUUUGAUACUGCCAAUGCCAAGGCAGCCUUGUUUGCACUCAAGAAACUUUUUGAAGAGGGUUACACUCCCCGACCUGUUUUUAUUUCAGGUACCAUUGUUGAUAAAAGUGGCCGGACUCUCUCUGGACAGACAGGAGAGGCAUUUGUCAUUAGUGUUUCUCAUGGAGACCCACUCUGCAUUGGAUUAAAUUGUGCUCUGGGAGCAACUGAAAUGAGACCUUUCAUUGAAACAAUUGGAAAAUGUACCACUGCCUAUGUCCUUUGUUAUCCUAAUGCAGGUCUUCCCAACACCUUUGGUGACUAUGAUGAAACACCUUCCAUGAUGGCCAUGCACCUGAAGGACUUUGCAAUGGAUGGCUUGGUCAAUAUAGUUGGUGGAUGCUGUGGUACAACACCAGAUCAUAUCAGGGAAAUUGCUGAAGCUGUGAAAAAUUGUAAGCCUAGGGUUCCACCUGCCAAUGUUUUUGAAGGACAUAUGUUACUGUCCGGUCUAGAACCCUUCAGGAUUGGACAAUAUACCAAUUUUGUUAACAUUGGAGAGCGCUGUAAUGUGGCAGGAUCCAAGAAGUUUGCUAAACUCAUCAUGGCAGGAAACUAUGAAGAAGCUCUGAGUGUUGCCAAAGUGCAGGUGGAAAUGGGAGCCCAGGUGCUGGAUGUCAACAUGGAUGAUGGCAUGCUAGACGGUCCAAGUGCAAUGACCAAAUUUUGCAACUUCAUUGCUUCUGAGCCUGACAUUGCCAAGGUGCCCUUGUGCAUUGACUCUUCCAAUUUUGCUGUGAUUGAAGCUGGGUUAAAGUGCUGCCAAGGGAAGUGCAUAGUCAAUAGCAUUAGUUUGAAGGAGGGAGAAGAGGACUUCUUGGAGAAGGCCAGGAAAAUUAAGAAGUUUGGAGCUGCUGUGGUAGUAAUGGCUUUUGAUGAAGAAGGUCAGGCAACAGAAACAGAUGUCAAAAUCAGUGUGUGUACUCGAGCCUACCAUCUACUUGUGAAGAAAGUGGGCUUUAAUCCAAAUGACAUCAUUUUUGAUCCCAAUAUCCUCACAAUUGGUACUGGAAUGGAGGAACACAAUUGGUAUGCCAUCAAUUUUAUCCAUGCGACCAAAGUCAUUAAAGAAACACUACCUGGGGUCAGAAUAAGUGGAGGUCUUUCCAAUUUGUCCUUCUCCUUCCGAGGAAUGGAAGCCAUUCGAGAAGCAAUGCAUGGGGUUUUCCUGUACCAUGCAAUCAAGUUUGGUAUGGACAUGGGGAUAGUGAAUGCAGGCAACCUUCCGGUGUAUGAUGAUAUCCAUAAAGACCUCCUCCAGCUCUGCGAAGACCUCAUCUGGAAUAAAGACCCUGAAGCUACUGAGAAGCUCCUGCGUUACGCUCAGACUCAGGGCAAAGGAGGAAAGAAAGUCAUCCAGACUGAUGAGUGGAGGAAUGGCCCCAUUGAAGAGCGACUCGAGUAUGCCCUCGUGAAGGGCAUUGAAAAAUAUAUUAUUGAAGAUACUGAGGAAGCCAGAUUAAACCAGGAAAAAUACCCCCGACCUCUGAAUAUAAUUGAAGGACCCCUGAUGAAUGGCAUGAAGGUUGUUGGUGAUCUUUUCGGAGCUGGAAAAAUGUUUCUGCCUCAGGUUAUAAAGUCAGCUCGGGUCAUGAAGAAGGCUGUUGGUCACCUAAUCCCCUUCAUGGAAAAGGAAAGAGAAGAGAAGAGAGUCAUUAACGGCACUGUAGAAGAAGAGGACCCUUACCAAGGCACCAUUGUUCUGGCCACUGUUAAAGGUGAUGUACAUGACAUAGGCAAGAACAUAGUUGGAGUGGUCCUGGGCUGCAAUAAUUUCAGGGUUAUUGAUUUAGGAGUCAUGACUCCCUGUGAUAAGAUACUGAAAGCAGCUCUUGACCACAAAGCAGAUAUAAUUGGCCUGUCAGGACUCAUUACCCCUUCCCUGGAUGAAAUGAUUUUUGUUGCCAAGGAAAUGGAAAGAUUAGCCAUAAAGAUUCCAUUGUUGAUUGGAGGAGCAACCACUUCAAAAACCCACACAGCAGUUAAAAUAGCUCCAAGAUACAGUGCACCUGUAAUCCAUGUCUUGGAUGCCUCCAAGAGUGUGGUGGUGUGUUCUCAACUGUUAGAUGAAAAUCUAAAGGAAGAAUACUUUGAGGAAAUCAUGGAAGAAUAUGAAGAUAUCAGACAGGAACAUUAUGAGUCUCUCAAGGAAAGGAAAUAUGUACCCUUAAGUCAAGCCAGAAAAAAUGGUUUCCACAUUGAUUGGCUCUCUGAACCUCCCCCAGUGAAGCCCACAUUUAUCGGGACCCAGGUCUUUGAAGACUAUGACCUGCAGAAGCUGGUGCCCUACAUUGACUGGAAGCCUUUCUUUGAUGUCUGGCAGCUCCGGGGCAAGUACCCGAAUCGAGGCUUUCCCAAGAUAUUUAACGACAAAACAGUAGGUGAAGAAGCCAGGAAGGUGUACAAUGAUGCCCAGAACAUGCUAAACAUACUGAUUAGUCAGAAGAAACUCCAGGCCAAGGGUGUGGUGGGAUUCUGGCCUGCACAGAGUGUCCAAGACGACAUUCACCUGUAUGCGGAGGAUGUGGUGCCCCAGGCUGCGGAGCCCAUAGCUACUUUCUUUGGGUUGAGGCAACAGGCCGAGAAGGACUCUACCAGCACAGACCCUUACCAUUGCCUCUCGGACUUUAUUGCACCUCUGCAUUCUGGUGUCUGCGACUACUUAGGCCUGUUUGCUGUUGCCUGCUUUGGGGUGGAAAAGCUGAGCAAAGCCUAUGAAGAUGAUGGUGAUGACUACAGCAGCAUCAUGGUCAAAGCUUUGGGGGACCGACUAGCAGAGGCCUUCGCAGAGGAGCUCCAUGAGAGGGUUCGCAAAGAACUCUGGGCCUACAGUGCCAGUGAGCAGCUGGAUGUUGCCGACUUGCGCAGGCUCCGGUAUGAAGGCAUCCGGCCAGCUCCCGGGUACCCCAGCCAGCCUGACCACACUGAGAAGCUCACCAUGUGGCGACUGGCCAGCAUUGAGCAGUGCACAGGCAUUCGGUUAACAGAGUCCUUGGCCAUGACACCUGCCUCAGCAGUAUCAGGGCUCUACUUCUCCAAUUUGAAUUCCAAAUAUUUUGCUGUGGGGAAAAUUUCCAAGGAUCAGAUUGAGGACUAUGCUUUGAGGAAGAACAUGUCUGUAGCUGAAGUGGAAAAGUGGCUUGGACCUAUUUUAGGAUAUGACACAAACUAACUUCUUUUUUUAUUUUUUAAACUUUUUUAAACUUCUCUCUACUUGCUGAUCUCAAGGAGAUAGGAGCCAGAGUGCCUUAAAAAUAACAACAAAAGGCCUGCAUGCUUCUGGUUGGCAUGGCCCUACUGUUGGUCUUGGAAGAUUGUCUUGUAGAUUACUGUAGAGGAGCAGGCCUUCCCGUGAUUCUGGAAAACAAGUGCUGUUUUUCAAGGAUCGAAAAUGGGAAGCAGUGAUACUACAAGGGUAUCCUUGGUUCCUAGGGGACUGGGACAGAAUGACACAGUGGUCUUUUGCAUUUCAAAGCAAAUCAACUUGCUUUUUUCCAUUUUUACCUUGGAUCCAGGAAGACAAGUAACCCUCUUUUUCUCUUCCCGCUCCUAGAAAAAUGUCUGAAGCACAGUUCAAUAGAGAAACUUUUAUAGAGACAUGUGAUCCUGAGGCAAAGUGUCACAGUGAGAAAUGGGGCAUUUUAGUCUAAAUGGUUCCUAUAGUAGACUCUGACAGGGAAGAAGAUGACAGGGAAGUGUAUCUCGGUGAUCUCUUUGGAAGAUCUCAUUUUCUAAGAGUCAGUUAAAUGGUUGCAGAAUUCCUUUUGGCCAAAGCCAUGCCGUCAGUAAUUUCCUGUCAGAAAUACUUGAGCUGUUUCCCCUGAUGGGACCAGCACAGUUGCAUUACCUGAGCUUUUUUCGGUCAUAACCCCUUCUCCAAGAGAGGAGAAAAGGAAGUGAGGAAGUUGUUUUUAGAGUUGAGCAGGCUGUGAUGACCUGUGCAGAGCUGGAGCAGUGGAGGGCAUAAUGCUACCAAGUCUUUCUUUCUGUACUGCCCCAACUCGAAGCGCAUACGGAGUAGCAAUAGCACAGGUGCCUUGUUCUGGAUUAUUUUGGGGAAAAUAGUUAAGAGCCUGAGCUUUGAAUCAGGCAUGCAUGGACUCAAAUUUCAGCUUUGCCAAUUAAUUGCUGUAUGACAUAAACAAAGAAUCGUACCCAUUUUACUGCUUGCUGUUCUGUCUACUAAGGAGCUGAUUUGUGGGAUGAGAUUAGGUCAUAGAGUACUGCACUCCUUUGAGCUACUCUGCAAGCUCUCAUCCUCCAUUCAUGCUGAAUUCUGUAAAGAAGAUUCUGCCUUUUCCCCCUUCUUUUAGGUUCACUCCCAAUAAAUACUUGGGUGCCUGCCAUAUGCCAGCUUUUCCCCCUGUCAUCCUGCCCUUAAUUUGAUGAAGUUAGGUGUGUGUGUGUGUGUGUGUUUUCCCACCUUUCCUGCCACUAAUGGUCUCUUUGUUACAUCUAGCCAGGUGUGAUAGUGCAUACCUGUAAUCUCAGCACUUGGGAUGCUAAGGCAGGAGGAUGGAUGGCUAUGAGUUUGAGGCCAGCUUGGGCUAUAUAGUCAGACUCUUAUCUCCAAAAACAAUACGAAAAACAAAACGAAAUAAAACAAAAAAUCUUUUAAAAAAUUGUUAGAUCCAAUGACCUUUCCAUCCAAUGGGUUUCUGCUCUUUGGAUACUGUUCACUUCUUCAAAGCUUUUUAUUCUGGUUCCCCCUUGACAUCACUCUUCUGGUUUGCCUUCUCCAUUUAUGAUCAUUUCUCAACCAUUUUCUCUUCCCCUGCAUACUUAGACCCUCAUGUUUCUAAGGGUCUGUCUUUAGUUGCCUUCAUAGUCUGUAUCAGUUCAGUGGUGACCUCAUUCAUUUGGUGGUCACUCCUUCCGGACUCCUCUCUCCUGAAGAACAUAGCUGUAAAUACGUUCAGCUCCUCAGGAGGACGUGCAGGCAUCUCACACGCAGUGUGUCCCAGACCAGCUCACAGACGAUGCUUCCUUUUUAAUCCCAGUGUAGUCAGUAGUGGGUGGUGCUGCUACUCAAGCAGCAGACCUCAUGCUCACUGCAUGUUGUCUCUUUCCUUGAACGGUUACAGCUUUUUAAAAACUUAGCACAUAAAAGCUACCCUACCUUAUUUUAGAUGGAUAAUGGUGGACACAUUCAAGGAACGCAGUGACUGAGUCCUGAUUUAGAACCUGAAAGAUAAAGAUGGAGCAGCAAGGGAAGGACAAAUGGACAGCUGCCUUUGUUCUUGAAUAGGAGUGCUGAAGGCGCUCACGACAUCAGAGUUUUCCAAAUUGAGCUACAGUUUCGGUGCCAUUUCCAACAGAGUUUAAGUUAAGCAUAAGCAGAUACUUGCUAUAUGUGGAAUAGCAAAGGACUGAGAAUGGUCAGAUGCUUCUAAAAAUGGAAAAGUUUAGGGGAAUUGGCUUACAACAUAACAAGUUCUGUUGUAGAGAUAGCAUCAUAUAUGGUACAGAGCUGGCUUUCUGAACAAUGGAGGAAAACGAGCCCAGAAACCAGCCUCAGCCGUCUUUGAGUUCAGACUGUGGUAGUGUGGGAGAUCAGUUGGGACAGGAAGGACUACAGAAGCCAUAUAACAACGGUGCUUAUUUAUUUAGCAACAAGGGAAGCUGAUUCCUGCCUCACACCUUCCUGAGCAUUCAUUCCAAACAUGUAAAAAACUUUAAUAGAAAAGGGAAAAUAGUGAAUGUUCGCAGGAAAAAGACAUGCAGCAAAGGAUUUCUUGAGAGAGAAAGCACUAAUCGUAAAAAAUGAUAAAAUAUGACUAUUACAUCAGGCCUACCAAAACUAAAGUUGAAGUGCAAAGACAAGGCACAACUUGAGAAGAACUUUUGUAAUUAAAAUAACUGAGAAAGGAUCAGCAGUUGAAAAUAUAGAGGAUUUCUAUUUAAAAAUAUUGAAAGGACUCAGGGCUUUCACAUUGCGCUGACAGACAGACAAAGCAUUAGUGAUCAGAGGAGUAUGAAUUAAAAUCACAGUGAGAGUCCACAUUAUAUUAAUAAGAUUUGCAAAAAUUGGGCCUGACAGAACCAGUCAUUAGAGAAGAUAUGUGGGAACUCACAUACUGUGUCACACAGUGCCACUUCUUAAGAAAACAGUUGUGGACCUGGCUAGUUAGAAAUUCAGCAGAAUCCUGUGCUUUACUAUACUCGGGAAUGUUCAGCCAUGUUCAUAGUAACAUGUUGAUAAUUAUUAACUGGAAAAAAUGGAAAUGUCUACAGAAGAUUGGAUUCAUAAAUUAGAUACAUUUACCCUAAAGGGAUACUAUUCUGUGGUGAAUGAACUACCGCUGUAUUUCACAGUAAGAAUGAAUCUCAGGGAAAAAAAUGAAUCUCAGAAGAUAUUACUUGGGAAAAAAUGAGUUGUAGGAGACCACAUGUGGUAUGGUAUUAUUUUUAUUGAGCUCAUCAGCAAAACCAAUAUAUUGUUUAAACAUGAAUAUGUGACAAAACUAUAUUAUAAAGGGUUUAGAAAAAGAACAGAACAAUAAGUCAAACUUUAGCUUAGUCAUUGCCUAUGGAGGGAGAAUAAAAAGGAAGAGAGAAACACAAUGGUAUGUGAUAGUUAUGAGGAAUAUUCUAGUUCUAGGGUGGGAGGUCUAUGGGUGUUCACUACAUGUGGUAUUUUUCUUUGUAAGAUACCAUUUUGUAAAUCAGUAUGAUACAUUAAUACAUGUAUUGACUGUGUUGUUAAAAAUAAAGACAAUGUGAAAUGAUAA